AUGUUGGUACUUAUUUUAAUUUUAGUUUUAACAGUGGUUAUUUUUUUUAUUAUAAAUAGAGCAGUGAGCAGGAAACACAAUGCAAUCUGUACAUCGAAACAGAAAUUAACGGAGAAAAUAGCUGUCAUAACAGGUGGUACUGCCGGGAUUGGACAAGAAAUUGCAUUGGACUUUGCUACAAGAGGUGCAAGAGUUAUAAUCGCCAGUCCCUUUGAAGAUGAAGGAAAUAAAGCACGUAAAGAAAUUAUUAAGAAAACUGGCAAUGAGGAUGUUGUCUAUAAGUAUCUGGAUCUAGCUUCAAUACAAUCAAUCCGUAAAUUUGCAGCAGAUAUUCAUGAAUCGGAGCAAAAAUUGCAUAUCUUGGUGAAUAACGCGGGCGUCGGAAUACCCGGAGACUUUAAGACUGAUGAUGGAAUGAAUUUUAUUAUGCAAGUUAAUUAUUAUGGUCAUUUCCUCUUAACUCUGCUCCUUUUACCGCUAUUGAAAAAAACUGGAACGCAAUUAGAGCCGAGCAGAAUAAUUAAUAUGUCUUCACUUACGCGUUUUAUUGCCAGUUUUGAUGUAGAUAAUUACAACAGAACUGGAUAUUGGAAUUUAUUACGAAUUUACUCAAACAGUAAACUAAGUUUAGUGUUGUUCUCACAUGAAUUAACAAAAAAGAUUGCUGGUCAACAUGUGGUCAUAAAUUGCGCUGAUCCUGGCUUCGCAUCCACAAAAAUUUAUGAGAGCUAUGUCAAUUUCCUCGGUAAAAUUGCUAGAGUUCUUAUCAAUUUGAUCUGCAAGAACACAUGGGAAGGAGCUCAAACAGCUAUACAUAUGGCAGUGGAUCAAGAAGCUGGUAAAGUUAGUGGACAAAUUUUCAGCAACUGUGAAAUGAACUCGUCUUCUAUGUGGAAUGACAUUGAUAAACUGUCGGAAAAAUUGUGGAAACAAUCAGUGAAAUUAGUGUCAAUAGAUGAAAAAGAAAUAUCGAAAAUUCUCUCAUAA